CCGUAUUUGGCGGCAUCGAGGCCUGAUUCCAAGCCCAGAUGGACUGAAUUAACAUUUUAGUAUCUUUACUCGCAUUCCAUAAAAUAAUAGCGAAAGAUGAGCCUAUUGUUUCCCUGGGGCGUAAAGGGACUGGACAAGUCUCGAUUUGAAGCCUACGCCAAACUAUUGCGGCUAAAAAAUGGCGGCCAGAUUAAGGAAGCUUCGAACUUUUCGGAAAUGCCCGACGAAGAGACAGAAUUGGAUAAGCCAGACGACACUGAUUCCGUUAACGUGAACGAAUUCCUGUUAUUCGACAAGAGGAAGCUAAAGAGGGCCUUUCUUGAUAGGUUAUCUGAGCUUGUUGCGAAUGAGAAAGGGGGUCAUCAUGUUUCCUCGUCUCUGAUGAUCGAAUGGCCAGAUCGAGUCGACGUUCUUGUAGCAAAAAAUAAUGGCUUCAGAAAAGGGGACGGAACUAUCUGCAUGCUGGAAACUAUAGCCUCUAGUCUGCGAGAUAUCUCUGCGCUUGAUUCCUCAGAUCCGGUCGCCGCUUCCACCAAGCAGAAUCUUUGGACAUCAUUGAUACAAUUGCACACGGCCAGGUUAAACAAUUACAUGAGUCAGGUCAAAAAGGCUUUGAAAGGGACCAUUCCACCUGAAACACGGCAGAAGGAGGUUCUAUCCUUGAACGGUCGCAUAGCAUCUCUUCUUUCGCACCUCGAGGAGUUUCGCGCCCUUAUAAAUGACGUGAUAAGUUGGCCAACGCAGGAGGGCCUUGAGCAAGUUGUAAAGAGCGCCCAUGACAUGUUCUCUCUGUAUAAAGAGCAUGAUUUUGAUGAGAUCACUAGCAACAAUACUAAUACUAGGUCGCUGAGAGACGCGCUGGGCUUCCUCGGUAAGUUACAGACAUGCUUCAACACUCUGAUUAGAAGCGCAGAGAGACUCUCUGGCUUCCAAAAUCUCCGGAUCCUCCCGGUGAUGGAUUCACCGAAUGGUACAGACAAACCGAAAAGGACGGAUCGAAACAACGCCUGGUCGUUGAAGAGGACAUUUGAAUCCCUAGGUCUUGAACUCGACGACAAGACAGUAGAAUCUAUCUUUGGAACCAGCAAAAAUAAAGGUUCGGCAAAGAGAAGACUGCUCGAAAGGUUUGAAAAGUUGAAGUCAUCGGCCUCCGAAGUACACGCAGAAAUACGAGUCAUCCUAGCGGCGGCAAAACACGACUGUACCAGCGCGGCCAUUUUCAAAUACGUGGGCUGCAGUAAGCGCAGCUGUUUCCUUUGCGACAGGUUUGUUCAGAGCUAUGGGUCCUAUACGACAAGGGGAUGCCAUGGCAAGCUCUACAAUCUCUGGACUGUGCCCGAAAUUUCAUGGCUAGCUGAGGAAGAACGCUCAAUUUUCGUUCAAGCUCUCAAGAAUGUUGAGAAAGCCAUGAUGGAAGCUAUACAUGGUAGAAAGACCGACAGGCUUGCCCAUGCUCGUGAGUCCACAAUCGGAGGGUCUUCAGUUGUGACUAGGAGACAGCAAUCUGGCCAAGAUCCUUAUGUACGAUCCCUCGUCUCAGAGUAUCUUAGAUCGCAGCGCCAAGGGGCGAGACACAGUCAUGUCAAUGAAGAAGAUUAUACAAGCCCCAAUCAACCUUUGCCAAGUGGAGCUGAAUGUGAAGCCAAUCUUGAUACCUUGCCUGGUCAAACCCAAAAUCAGUCCGCGAGAAUAAUACCGAAACCUGAACAGCUCCAAGGCGAAUGUUACACUUGUGAACGAGAGACUAGUCGCCGCUGCGAAUUCUGCAACCUGGAUUGGUUCUGUAGCCGGGAAUGCCAAGAUAAGAUGCGAUUGUCUCACCUCACCAAGUGUUCGGCUCGCUCGAUAACCACUGCGGAUAGACUCUGUGAUGAUGUUAUCAGAGAUCAAUUUCCAGACGACCCCGAGACACGUGAGCAUUUUGGGCUCGCCAGGUGCCGUGACUGGAGAGAGCAAUCUUACCUCCUUGGCCUUUACCAGGGCCUCGUACUUUACUUACAUGUUGAGGCUAUCCAGCUAAACGAAUGGCGAGAGAAAAAUAUCCUUGUGAGCGAGAUCAUAAAGACAUUUUCCAAACUGCCUGAAAAAAAUCGUGGGGAUUACUUCCGAUGGUUUUUUCGAAACCAACACAUCCUUGAUAACUCAAACCCACCUCUUCAGCUCAAUGGCAAGGACAACCCCGUCGUUAGAGCUGUAAACGCCGCGAGACCUUACCUCGACCCAGAGGAUCGCGUCAAACCUUUUCAACAGCUGGAGCCCCCAUCAAAACGGCACAGCUUUCUAGUUUAUGCUUUGGCCUUGGAUAGCUCCCACCCAAACCCAUAUGAUGGGGCCGAGUUUGAUUUAUGGUACGAUUUUGGCUUCGUAGUCUGUCGUGAUGAAUGGGGGGAACAAGGCCUUGGGAGCCUCUACAGUCAGCUUGUAGGUGGUAAUAAAUUCUUGACAGAUUACGACCAAAGUCUAGGGACUACAAUAAGAAACUAUCCCGAGAAGCCUACAUGCUCAUUCAACGAGUUCUGGCUAGCCUAUGAAAAGGGCAGCCUUGCAAAUCUCUUUCGCCGAUACGGUUUAGGAAGAAUGCUAGAUCGUGACUUGGGUCUGGAGGAGUUCCUGUCUUUCCCGCUGGCUCAACGAGAACUGCGCCCAUCAGUUUGGAGGUUGAAACACUUCCUGGCCCUCGAUCCCAACACUCCACUGAGCAACUUUCCCAAGGUGGAAGCAGCCGCGCAGGAAUACGGAUUUACAUCGCAGCUCAACGCGGGAACAAGAUUGGCUUUGAGGCAGUUUUACGAGCAGUUGUUUAAGAAGGUCAAUCCACUGAGGGUCCAUGAGGCUAAGAAUCAUGGCGAGUUGUGCGAGUAUGCGGAAAGCAACAUUGAUGUUAUUGACGAUGGCGUCCGACACGUAUUGCAAACGCUUGGUUGAUUAGGACUGUAACCUCUUCUAUAGACUGGUUUGCUUCCAAGCUCGUUCACAUACGACCAUAGGUAGUGGAGAAUUCGGGGUCCCGUCCGCUCCCCCCUAGACAACCCACUAACCGGC